UUAACUUUUGUGCUUCUGGGAAGAGGCAUGGUUCUUGGGACAGUUCUGCUUCCACUGAAUGGUUAUGGCCAAGAUGAGGACAGGUCACUGUGCUGCCUGUGCAGUGAGGCCUUGGAAUCUACUCUACCCAACUUAACAGAUCACUUUGCCAGCUGUGUGGAGGAUGGAUUUGAGGGAGACAAGACUGGAGGCGGUAGUCCAGAAGCCUUGCAUCGCCCCUAUGGUUGUGAUGUUGAACCCCAGGCACUGCAUGAAGCUAUCAGGUGGAGCUCCAAGGAGAACUUGCUUGGAGCCACUGAGAGUGACCCUAAUCUCUUUGUUGCACUUUAUGAUUUUGUAGCCAGUGGUGAUAACACACUCAGCAUCACUAAAGGUGAAAAGCUACGAGUCCUUGGUUACAACCAGAAUGGCGAGUGGAGUGAAGUUCGCUCUAAGAAUGGACAGGGUUGGGUGCCAAGCAACUACAUUACUCCAGUGAACAGCCUGGAAAAACAUUCCUGGUACCAUGGACCUGUGUCACGUAGUGCAGCAGAGUAUCUGCUCAGCAGUCUAAUCAAUGGUAGUUUCCUGGUGCGAGAAAGUGAGAGCAGCCCUGGGCAGCUGUCCAUCUCACUCAGGUAUGAGGGACGUGUGUAUCACUACAGGAUCAAUACCACCGCAGAUGGCAAGGUAUAUGUGACUGCUGAGAGUCGCUUUAGCACCUUGGCAGAGCUUGUUCACCAUCACUCCACAGUGGCUGAUGGGCUGGUGACCACAUUACACUACCCAGCACCCAAGUGUAACAAGCCUACGGUCUAUGGCGUGUCCCCCAUCCACGACAAGUGGGAAAUGGAACGAACAGAUAUUACCAUGAAGCACAAACUUGGGGGCGGUCAAUAUGGAGAGGUUUACGUUGGCGUCUGGAAGAAAUACAGCCUUACAGUUGCUGUGAAAACACUGAAGGGGCAGGUUGUUUUCUCCAAUGCGGUGAAACCCAUGUUUGGGAAAGAUUUGUCUCUGGAGGCUGUUGGUGUAGGUCUUGGUGGGAGACCCAAGAUAUUAUCAAAUUAUUCUUGGCUGGCAUGGUUUGGAAUGUUUGAAUGUAUGUAUACUAAUAAAACUAACUCUAUUCUUCAACACUCAGGUGUGUGUACUUUGGAGCCACCAUUUUACAUUGUGACUGAAUAUAUGCCAUAUGGGAAUUUGCUUGAUUAUCUCCGAGAAUGUAACCGAGAAGAGGUGACUGCAGUUGUACUGCUCUACAUGGCCACUCAGAUCUCUUCUGCAAUGGAGUAUUUAGAGAAGAAGAAUUUCAUCCAUAGAGAUCUUGCAGCUCGGAACUGCCUAGUAGGAGAAAACCACGUGGUAAAAGUGGCUGACUUUGGCUUAAGUAGAUUGAUGACUGGAGACACCUACACUGCUCAUGCUGGAGCCAAAUUUCCUAUUAAGUGGACAGCACCAGAGAGUCUUGCCUAUAAUACCUUCUCAAUUAAAUCUGAUGUCUGGGGUUACACAGGCUGGAAGUGGAGCCCUGCUGACAGGCCCUCUUUUGCAGAAACACACCAAGCUUUUGAAACCAUGUUCCAUGAUUCCAGCAUUUCUGAAGAGGUAGCUGAGGAGCUUGGGAGAGCCGCCUCAUCAUCAUCUGUUGUUCCGUACCUUCCCCGAUUACCUAUACUUCCUUCCAAGACUCGGACACUGAAGAAACAGCUGGAGAACAAGGAGAACAUUGAAGGAGUACAAGAUGCCACAGAAAACUCUGCUUCCAGUUCAGCACCAGGGUUCAUAAGAAGUGCACAGCCCUCUAGUGGGUCUCCAGCACUGCCUCGAAAACAAAGAGACAAGUCACCCAGCAGCCUCUUGGAAGAUGCCAAAGAGACAUGCUUCACUAGGGAUAGGAAAGGAGGCUUCUUCAGCUCCUUCAUGAAAAAGAGAAAUGCUCCCACACCCCCCAAACGCAGCAGCUCCUUCCGAGAAAUGGAGAAUCAGCCCCACAAGAAAUAUGAACUCACGGGUAACUUCUCAUCUGUUGCUUCUCUACAGCAUGUUGACGGGUUCUCUUUCACUCCUGCCCAGCAAGAGGCGAAUCUGGUGCCACCCAAGUGCUAUGGGGGGAGCUUUGCACAGAGGAAUCUCUGUAAUGACGACGGUGGUGGGGGUGGGGGCAGUGGCACUGCUGGGGGUGGGUGGUCUGGCAUCACAGGCUUCUUUACGCCACGCUUAAUCAAAAAGACACUGGGCUUACGAGCAGGUAAACCCACAGCCAGUGAUGACACUUCCAAGCCUUUCCCAAGGUCAAACUCUACAUCUUCCAUGUCCUCAGGGCUUCCAGAGCAGGAUAGGAUGGCAAUGACUCUUCCCAGGAACUGCCAGAGGUCCAAACUCCAGCUGGAAAGGACAGUAUCCACCUCUUCUCAGCCAGAAGAGAAUGUGGACAGGGCCAAUGACAUGCUUCCAAAAAAAUCAGAGGAAGGUGCUGCUCCCUCCAGGGAAAGACCAAAAGCUAAACUAUUGCCCAGAGGAGCUGCAGCUCUUCCUCUCAGAAACCCCUCUGGGGAUCCAGCCAUUGCUGAGAAGGACUCUGCAGGGGUGGGAGUGGCUGGAGUAGCAGCUGCCUCCAAGGGCAAGGAGAGGAAUGGUGGGGCACGACUUGGGAUGGCUGGUGUCCCAGAGGAUGGAGAGCAACCAGGUUGGUCUUCUCCAGCCAAGGUCGCAGCAGUCCUCCCAACCACUCAUAACCACAAAGUGCCAGUCCUUAUCUCACCCACUCUGAAACAUACUCCGGCUGACGUGCAGCUCAUUGGCACAGACUCUCAGGGGAACAAAUUCAAGCUUUUAUCUGAGCAUCAGGUCGCAUCCUCUGGAGACAAGGACCGACCCCGACGGGUAAAACCAAAGUGUGCCCCGCCCCCACCACCAGUGAUGAGACUACUGCAGCAUCCGUCCUCAUGUUCAGACCCUACGGAAGAGCCUGCUGCCCCAACUGCAGGACAGCCCCCAUCAGAAACACAGGAAGGAGGGAAAAAGGCAGCUGCAGGGGCAGUGCCUCUCAGUGGGAAAGCUGGGAGGCCAGUGAUGCCUCCACCUCAAGUGCCUCUGCCCACAUCUUCCAUCUCGCCAGCCAAAAUGGCCAAUGGCACAGCAGGUACUAAAGUGGCUCUCAGAAAAACCAAACAGGUGGCUGAGAAAAUCUCAGCAGACAAAAUCAGUAAAGAGGCCCUGUUGGAAUGUGCUGACCUACUGUCCAAUGCAAUCACGGAACCUGUGCCCAAUAGCCAGUUGGUAGACACUGGACACCAGCUCCUCGACUACUGCUCAGGCUAUGUGGACUGCAUCCCUCAAACUCGCAACAAAUUUGCCUUCCGAGAGGCUGUGAGCAAACUGGAACUCAGCCUGCAGGAGCUACAGGUGUCUUCAGCAGCUGCUGGUGUGCCAGGGGCAAACCCUGUCCUUAAUAACUUAUUGUCAUGUGUACAAGAAAUCAGUGAUGUGGUGCAGAGGUAGCCACUGUUGGCCUAGUGGGGAGAUGCACACGUUUCUGAGGGGAGAGGGAAAGAGAACUUGUUUUCCUGUGUUCUUGUUUUUAAAAAAAUGAAAGAUUGAUACUUGAGUGUGUUUAUGUG